AUGUCCAGCCCAUCUGAUCUUGGGUUCUCAUUGUCAAACGGCACACGAAUAGUUCAUGGCGACGGAUCCAUCGUUCGCACGGCAUUUCCACCAAGCCAAAAUCUCCCAGGCACUUUGCAGCUUUUUAGCCUUGGGCACGCUAUGGACAAGAGUUGUCCAGCAUUCUGUGGCUCUAGCGGUCUCUUCGAGUUUGACACCACGUGCAGGAUGCCGCGCCAUGUGCACAUUUCCACCCCAAGCGAUGAAGGAUCCCAGCCUACCUUUGCUGUCGAGAAGAUUCUGGUGUUGAACGGGAUUGCAGUCGCAGAGCUUGGGGGCGAAAUUUAUGUCAUACCACCAAAAACAUUGGUUAUCAUAGCCCCUGGAGUGCCACACACAUGGGUUGCGGCUCCGGAAGGUCUCGACCUGCAUGAGCUGGGCGUCGUUCCCGACAGUGCCGGCUCAGGGGAGAAAGUGCCAACAUCCGAAGGCACAUUUCUCGCUGUAUUUGAAUACAAUCUUCCGACAACGUUUUUCCCCACCAAGCAGAGUCACAAGCUGGUCGAUGUUACAGAGUAUGCUCGUUGCGACGACCUCCAUAGCAUUCGCAUCCCAGAAUUCUCGAUUGGUGCAUUGAAGAAGCAAGCGAAAUUUGUUUGGGGCCGGUCAUGUCGGAAGCUACACGAAUGA